AUGAUCUCGCAAACACAACGUCUAUUUUCUCCUAUGGCUAUAUCGAAACAUCGAAAUAUUCGAGCGCUAUCGCUAAUAGUCAUAACAUUUUCCUAUUUACUCGUUGGCGCAGCUGUAUUUAAUGCACUAGAAUCAAAACAAGAGAAACUAAGUAAAAGUCAACUUGAAAGUCGUAUAAUACAAAUCUUAUUUAAAAACAGAAAUCGAAAUCAAACCGAUAUAUUCAACGAUCAGAUGUUAGAAAAUGUUACGAGUUCUGUUUAUAAAAUAAAACAAUAUCGAGCUCAAUAUAGCAAACGAUGGAAAUAUCUUGGUAGCUUAUAUUUUGUUACAAUUGUCCUAACGUUGGUUGGAUUUGGUGACUAUGAGCCAAUGAAAACCCGUAUGGGUAUCUAUUAUUUUCUAUUUUGUGUCUCAUUCAUAUUGACCGUUCUCAUCAUUAUGGCAUCGUCUAUGAAUUUACUGGUAUUACGAUUAGUUAGUUUACGUGGUGAUAAAGAGAGUGAACAACGUCAUCGUGAAAUGAUACAAGCCGAAACGAUCAAACAAAUCAUUCGUGAAUCGUUUAGCAUUGAUCGUCAUACUCAAAUUUAUUUUCCACCAACAGCAAAAAACUCACUGCAACAACGAAAAUCGAGAAAAUCUGGUUACAUUUGUCGUCUAAUUCCUUAUAAUUCAACAUUUUCAAUACUAAAUGGACGACAACGAGUUAUAUGCAAAUCAAGUGCAACAUUGUGA